CCCAACCGCUCAAAAACCUAAUCCAACGAAUCCAUCGCCUUACAAGUGUUGUCAAAACACUCGUUUCUAAAAUAAAACCUUUUUCUCCACGCGCCAACCACAGUCACUAUGAAAAGCCCUAAACCGUUCCCGAAUCGGCAUCGGGCAGCACUGGUCCGUUUUGCUUUAGCCCCGUGCUGUUUGUUGUUAUUCUUAUUAUUCGAAGAAGAAAGAAAGAACUGUAGAAUAGAUCUGAUUUUUACGAAGGAAGAGUUACCAUGUAGUAUGAGACCGCACUUGGAUUUUGACAUACUGGAAACCUUGAAACCUCGGAAAACAGAUGGAUCCUUAUCCUGAAAAUUUUCCUUCUUUUUCGUGAAUGCAACCUUUGCCCCGAGUUGCUAGUUUCGACUAUGUUUGAUUGGUAAAUAGCUCAUUUGGUGUCCAGUACUUCGUUAUGAUCUCUUCAAUAUUCUAGCAGAAAGUUUAUCAGUUGAAUUAUCUUACACUUUGUGCAUAUACAUCGAAGAAUGGCUGAAGCAAUAUCGAGCUUUUGGGGACCUGUAACAUCUGCAGAGUGGUGUGAAAAAAAUUAUGUCUAUUCAUCUUAUAUUGCUGAAUUUUUCAACACCGUUUCAAUUAUCCCAGGCAUUCUCUUGGCACUCAUCGGCCUUAUAAAUGCUUUAAGACAACGGUUUGAGAAGAGGUUUAGCGUACUUCACAUAUCUAAUAUGAUACUUGCCAUUGGAAGUAUGCUAUACCAUGCCACUCUGCAACGCAUGCAGCAGCAAGGUGAUGAAACACCCAUGGUUUGGGAAAUGCUUUUGUAUUUCUACAUCCUCUACUCACCAGAUUGGCACUACCGAAGUGUGAUGCCCACCUUCUUGUUCCUUUAUGGAGCUGCAUUUGCAAUUUUCCAUGCACUGGUCCGUUUUGAAAUUGGUUUCAAGGUACAUUAUGUGAUUCUUUGCCUUCUCUGUGUUCCCCGGAUGUACAAAUACUACAUCUACACAAAAGAUGCAUCUGCAAAGCGGCUUGCAAAACUAUAUUUGGCUACCAUAUCCACAGGAAGUCUUUGUUGGCUUUUUGAUCGCUUGUUCUGCAACAACAUUUCUCAGUGGUACUUCAACCCCGAGGGGCAUGCUUUAUGGCAUGUGUUGAUGGGGUUCAAUUCAUAUUUUGCAAACACAUUCCUGAUGUUUUGGCGUGCUCAGCAGUUGGGUUGGAAUCCAAAAGUUGCCCAUUUCAUGGGGUUUUUCCCAUAUGUGAAAAUUCAAAAACCAAAGACCCAGUGACAGGCGCUGCAAAGCAAAUGGCGUCUUUCUUUUCCACCUCGUUUGGAGGCAGAUAUAUGGUUUUGGAAGAUUAACAACCCCUAGCUACACAAUUUUUUUCUCCUUCAAUUUUCUAAACGGUUGUAAAUGAUAGUUGAAUAUCUUGACAUCAUUAGUUGGAUUUUGCCAUCUUGGUUAAUUUAAAUUGUAUAAUUAGUGGGGUUUUGCUCUGAAGAAAAUUUGCUUGGAGGGUUCUCUAAUUUUCUCGCAUUUCAAAGUUGUCUCUUUUAGCCUAAAAAUGUAAAUUGGCUAAUUUGUUAUCCUUUAAUCUUAGUCAUCAAACAUAUGAGAAGCUUUUGGAAA